CACUUUCAUCUGUGCUCGUGUAGGCAACGGUUUUGCUUAGCAAAUCGGUUCUCGUUUAUCGCGUUUUUGAGAAGAAACUUGAAUUUUUGUCGCGGAACUGACAAAGUUUUAUUUUCAAAGUAGAAUUGAAUUUGGUGUUGAAUAAGAAGACAAGAUCUUAGUUAUGUUGUAAUUACUCUUCAUCAAUAGCGACGCAAUCUCUCAUUUUUAAAAUGACUGAAAAUAAUAGUGACUUCGUUCAAGAGCCAAGUAUCGGUAACAGUGCCGAUAUUCCUCCAGAAACGGAAAAAAUUAAUGCUUCUUCGGAAGAUUCUGAAGUGAAAAAUAUUGAUAAUUACACCAAUUCUCUUGAAGAGCUGAGCUUAUCAGCGGAGAGUAAAGACCUACGCUCAUUAACAGAAAAUGAAAACCACGAAGAAGUUUCGGAUGCAUCUCCAUUGGAUGUCGAAUGUGAAGAAAAACUACAUUUGUUGCAAGAUCAUUGGCUGAAAUUGAGCACUUUUUUCCGGAAAGUAUAUCAUACGAUUUUGGAUGGAGAGAAACCACCUGAUGAGUAUGAUUGUCAUAUGGAUAUCGUCAACGAGUUAAUCUCAAAUGAUCCCCAUCAGUUAUUUGCCAGACUUGAAAUGGACCUUCAGGAAUUCAUUAUCGAAGUUAAGCUGCGACAGAUGGAACUUUCAAAUUGUAUUCAUACUGAAGAAGGGCCACAUUUAUUUAUUUUUUGUUUAAUUGAGGGUUAUAAUAAACUCAUGUUCGCAGCCAAUACAUUAUCUCCUAUUCUUUUGCAAUUAGAAGUUGAACAUCUAUCCAAUUUUGACAUAACCUGGCGCGGUUUGAACCAGCAUCUGUUCCACAAAUUAGUAUUUACUGAACCUAAAAUUCAGAAGGUCUUACCAUUUUGCAUAUCUAGAAUUUUUUUGUAUGGCUUGCAGUUAGGGAAAAAUAAUUCUGAUCUAUCGGAUUUCAACCGAAGAUUAGUUCAUCAGUUUUUGACCUUCGACGAUGAAAUGACCAAAAUAGGAGGCAAAUGGCGUGAAACUGAAACUGCGAUAAUAAAAUACCAUCAAGAAAAUUCGAUGGUGGACGCUAAAGAACGUAUGAUGAAAGUGAAUUGGGAACUGAUGAAGACUCAGACUAAAGUUUUUCAUGAAGAAUUGAAGUCUUCGGGAAUAUGUGAUGACUAUUUCAGUGAGAGCCUAAAAAAGAUCAAAAUUGAAGCUGAAGAUGUCGAGGACCAAGUAUGCAAAUGUUGUGAUUCAAGUGCAACUCAGUGUCUUAUUACUUCUGAACCUUUAUCGGUAGAUUCGUUGAUGGAUUCCAAGUUACUGAAAAGUUGCUUUCACGAUGAAUCACCUUGCUUAAAUGGUGAAAUGCUUACGCAUUUGAAUGCCGAUGACAGGAAAAUGUAUUCUCAUCUUCAUAAAUUAACAGCUCCGCGAGAACAGUUAGAAAAAGAACAAAAACAGAUGGUAAAUGGUGUAGCAAGUCCGCCAGUUUCGCCCAUUUCAAACGGCGACCAAGCGCCUGCCGAAUCGCCACAACUUCAACAAUCGCGGCCAUCUUCACAACUGCCAGUAACUUCAGCAGAAUUACAUAGAACGUUGAUUCGCAAACAUCAUCAGAAGAAAAUCAUGCAGCUGAUGCAUUCGUCGCAGCAAAAAGAUAUUCAACAGAAAAUACAGAAGCAACUUCAAGAACACCAGGCACUCUUACAGCAACAACGAAAAAUCGACGAGUUACAAGCGCAUUUGUUGCAACAACAUCCGAUGCAUCUGGAUAAGGAAAUUCAUAAAAAACUCUCUCAACAUCAUUUGCACCAUCAUCCGGAUACACCAUCGUCCUCGGGAUCCAAAUCGAACGUAACGCAAAAAGUCAAUCAAAGUCAACCGAACGUUGCACCCUGUAAUUAUUCGAAAUCUGUACCUUCGCAAAAGAGUAAUCAUAAAUGUUCAGCGUCGAUUUCAUCUCAGUCUAAAAAUCCUUUGGUCAAUUUAAACGUGUCUGUGAGUCUCUCUGCGUCGGUUUCUUCUACGAAACCGACAACUACUAAUGCUGGUGUUAAUGUUGGUGUAACUCAUAAAAAUUCUACGACGCAAACCACUUCAGCUUCGACUGCAGGUCAAAGUGUACGCCAUCAUCCUUUGCCUGAUGUUGUGAAGUCUGCUUCUCACGUUUGUCCUAAACAUACGGAUGCGAAUAGAAAUACUCCCCAUAGUCAUGGAGAUCUUUAUAAUAGUUCGGAUUUUGAAAGCGAUGAAGAUUAUGGUUCUGAAAGGUCGAAUUCGCCUCAGCGUCACUGCGAUUGUUGUUAUUGUGAGGUAUUUGGUGUAAGUAGCGCACCGGUAAGCCGUAAUUUUCAAGAAACUAGAGAACGAUUACGAUUGAUUCUGACCAAGAAGAAAGCUAAAUCCAAUUCAGUAACUGCUAAUAAUGAUAAGCAAACGAGUGAACAAACCACUGUGACUCCUACCAAUACUAAUCAUCAUCCAGUUCAACAAACAGCUAGUCAGAAUAUUAGUAAAGUGAAAAAAGGCGAGGUGCCGCCUUCCGCUGACAAAAAAAUUAAACCAGCCGUUGAAGAGUACAAAGGUGAUAAAUCUAUCGAAGAAAUUUUAGAUUUCAUCGAAGGUAAUAAAAUUAGAAAUCUGAAACGAACGGCGAAGAAGAUGCGUCGAAAACAAAGACAAUUGGAGGAAGAAGAACGUCGUCGGAAAGAAGAAGAAGCCGAACGUCAAAGACAAGAAGAAAUCCGUCGCAAAGAAGAAGAAGAGAAAAGACGAAUUGAAGAAGAACGCCGACGACAGGAGCAGAGAAGUAAAAAGAACAAGAAAAAGAAUUCCAAGCAAAAUCAACAACUUAACGCGCUCCAGGCGAGUCAACAAAACACUAAUAAAAACAAGAAAAAACAAGCGCAACAAGUUCAAACUAACGAUAAAAAUAAGUCCGCUCAAAAUCAAUCGAAUAAAAACGCAAAUCAAAAACAGUCUAAUAACCAGCAAACCAACCAGACGCAGCAAAAAAAGAGUAAACAGGAUCAGUUGCCGAAUAAACAGACCAAUAAAGAUAAAACUCUUUCGGAAAAGCAACAAUCUACCAAAAAUAAUACCAACGCUCAAAAGAAAACGCAAAAUCAACAGAAAAAUGGAGGCAAAGAUGACAGUUCGCAACCGCAGAUGGUUACUAUUAAACGAGUUAUGCAGCCGAAUAGCAGCGAACCAACUGUCACAAUCACGUUACGCGGUUCAACGCCCAAAGAAGAUAAAGUAUUGUACACGUUGUUGAACGGCCAAAUGUGUCAGGUGAAAGAUGAGAAAGGCAAGAAGCAAACUUCAUCGGGUGGUAAUAACGUAAACAAUAAGAAAAACGUCAAACCGAAUACGAAUACUGCGAACACCUACACCGUCAAUAAUAAUUACAACUCGCCGAAUCCACCACCAACAGCAUUACCUACUAAAAGUAUACCAUUCAACAAAAGUUGCAGCAUUAUCGGCAAUGGCGUAAAUAACAUCACAGAAAGAAUGGAAAGACUUAAAUUGAGUUCACAAUCGGCUCAAGCGGAAUCAACCUCCAAAACGCAGUCUGCGCCGGGUGCAACUCAAGCGGAGCUUACUACGCCGACAGCCAUACAAAUUAAUCAAGCUGUUAAUCAAUUAUCUUCACGUCCUACCUUCCCUACUAAUUUUGAUCUGGAAAAUAUCAAAUUACCGCCUGGAAUAACUAUCACGAAAGUUGACCCAGCUUCUGUUAAUCGGAAACCGAUUCAGGCGAAACAACAACCACCACCUCCGCCCCCAGCUCAAGCCCAUGUUCGUCAGACGAUGAUGUCUUCUAUGCCUAGUUCGUCGAAUGUUAUUGUUGUAGAUACGGGUGAUAAAAACAAUUAUUAUCAAUCAGAAGAGCAAUCAAUUAAUGGUGUGAAGAAGAAGCGAAGAAGGAGAAAGAAAGAUAACGCUGAAAAUAUGCAAUCGAAUAUGUCGAACGUUCCUCAACAAUUCGGCGCACCUAAUGGGUUACCACCUCGAAUGGGUCCUAUUAACGCUGGCAUGUACGGUAAUCCGUUCAUGAAUAAUGAUUACAGAAAUACUCCGCAGCAAUCUGCCGCCAUUAUUCAAAUGAAUGGGUCGAUGGUAACGAUUAGGAAUCCAGCUUUGCACCAAGCCCUUAACGGACCGCAAAUGGAUUAUCACGACAGCUCUAAAAUCACCCAACAUAAUGACUUUAGGAAUCCAAAUACCGAUGAAAAUAUGUUUCCACCUGCGCCCGAAGAAAUCGAAAAUGAUGACUUGGACGAAUACGAUCGUGAAUUAGAAGCAUUUAAGCGAUUCUGCUCGCAGUCUGUACCAGCAGAGAGUAAAGCGAAAGUCAACUUGAAUCUUGAAGAUAUUGUUUUGAAGAAAAAAGGACCAGUGAUUGGUUGUUCUUAAGUAAUACCGAGUAUUAGAAUGAUCUAGCAAUCGUUAAAGUUUAUUUAAUUUAUUUAUACAUUUCAAAAGAUUUGCGGAUAUUAAUAAUGAAUUACAGUUUCAUUUCAACGGUCCUCGGGAAAGGUAGAUACUGUUGGUGCUAUUUGUAUUAGCGAACUUUAACGACUGCGUUGUUAUAACUAUGUUUUUUUUUUUUUUUUAAUGUAAAUUACCUAUUUUUUGUGCCUAUUUAUUAAAAAGGACGGGUCCUAAAAAGUAUUUAAAAUUUGGCCGAUGGAAAAAACUGUUCGAUUUACAGUUAAACUGUUAUUAAUUUUUUCCUCAUUAUUAUAGCGUGUAGUUUUUAAUUAAUUUUUUUCUACUUUUUACAAUUUGUAAAUUUUCAUUUCAAUACGUAGUAUUAAAGAAAUGAAUUAACUUUUGAAGAAGUAUUUUUUUACCUUUCUUUUUCAAGAGUAUUUUAUUUUUAUAAAUUAUAUAUUUUUCAUCGUGUAA